GAACGCCCGCGCGCCGAGGACGCCCGAGCCGCCGUGGGCCCGUAACGGGUCCUUCAGGAUUGCUUGCGCGGCGCCCUUCGCAGGCGCGACGAAGUUCUUGACGAUUCGAAAGUUCACCUCCGCCGCUCCCCCGCGUUCGAGUUGCUGUACCUCGGGUAAUUCAGUUUGAAAUUGGGCAUGUUUUACGGGGCGAACGGCUGAGCUCCUUCCCCGGAGAUAAAAGGCUGCACACUUGUAUCCGAGAGCUAGUGAAGUGCCACUCUAGCCUUGACAGUCCGCAGAGGCAGCGCUGUGCAUGCUCUCUGGUCCAUAAAGCUGCCCCACGUCAGAUAAAUACCUCACACAAUGGGCAGCCAGCAAUCCGUCGCCGGCGAGCUCCAGGGGCUCCACGAGAAGUGCGUCGACGCGCUGGCAGAGCCGAGCAAGGGUGCCCAAGAUGCCGCCCGGCUGCGGGCCUUGCUCGGCGACGUCCUCACCGCGAUCGGCCGCCUCCAAGGCGUCGAAUCCGACGACGAGGCUCUGAGAACCUCUGAUGGGGUCUCUGAGAACCUAGAUCUCGGCAACGACGAUGAGGGGGACGAGGACGAGGACGACGCUGUCGACGAGCUAGCGCCCGUGGAUGCUGAUGCGGUAAUACGCCGCGGCGAGGUGUGGUCGGACCCUGUGAGGAAAUCAACCGUGAGCCAUGGCGCCUGAAAUAUUGCGUGGACCUUUGUGGACCUCCUCGCCAUCGAACCGACGCGGUCACAGCGACAACGUCGCGUCGAUGGCCUGAGAACUCCACGCCAUCGAGCAGACGCAGCUACGGAGACAACAUCGCGUCGAUGAGGUGGGGCGCCUGAAAUUUGUUUUCCAUACAGGUCGGACCCGACGUUUCCCGCGAACGAAGCUUCGCUCGGCUUGCGGGACGACGUCGACGAGGGACGGGGUCCUGAGUCUCGGGGCUGGGGCGGCGUCGCUUGGGAGCGGUGCGGGGAGCUCUUCAAACAAUGUAGGCUGUUUAAGAACGCACCGUCGCCGUUUGACGUCGCCCAAGGCGGCCUCGGGGACUGUUAUCUCCUGUGCGGAAAUCAAAUUUACGGCGCGUUCGUCCUAAAUCGCGCGUCGACCUCCACGCCAUCGACGCGGCACUUGCUCGAUGGAGUGGCGGUGUCGGUUCCUCACCGCUCGACGGAACCAGCGCGGCCACGUCAUCGCCGAGAAAUGACUUAGCGAAGAAUUAUUGGGUGCACCCGACGCACUGGUUGAUUUCCACACAGGUUAUCUCCUCUCGGCUCUGUGCGUGCUGGCUGAGAGGCCGGCGAGGAUUUACAAGCUCUUCGAGACGACGGAGUUGAAUACCGCGGGCCUCGUCGGUGCACGACUCUACCUGCACGGCGAGGAGAGACUCGUGUUGGUCUGUGCGGAAAUCAAAUUUACGGCGCCUUCGUCAUGAAUCGCCGCGUCGACCUCCACGCCAUCGACGCGACGCCUGCUCGAUGGCGUGGCGAUGUCGGUUCCUCACCGCUCGACGGAGCCAGCGCGGCCACGUCAUCGCCGAGAAAUGACUUAGUGAAGAAUUAUCGUGCACCCGACGCACUGGUUGAUUUCCACACAGGUGUUGGUCGACGACCAGCUGCCGACGCGGGGCGACAAUCUGUUCUUCGCGCGCUCGCGCACGGAGGGGGAGAUGUGGGUUUCGAUGUUCGAAAAAGCCUUCGCCAAGGCCUACGGCUCCUACGCGAACAUCGAAAUGGGGUCGACCGCGCGCACUCUGGAGACGCUCACCGGCGCUCCGUCGACAACAACAACAAUCCGCGGCCGCGACGCGGCGGCGGCGACCGCAAUGUUCGAGACGAUAGACGGGGCGCUAAAAAGGCGCCACGUCGUCUGCCUGGGAAUGGGAGAUCACCCGCAAGAUCUGCAGCGGCUGGUGGGGAUCGUCGAGAAGCACGCCUACGCCUGCCUAGGCUCCGCAGAAGUCCAGGGCGAGCGGCUCGUGAGGAUACGGAACCCCUGGGCGGACGGCACGGAGUACCGUGGGAAAUGGUCCGACGACAGCGAAGAGUGGACGCCCGAAUUGCGGCGGGACCUGGAUCACGGCGUCGCCGCCGACGGUGUGUUCUGGAUGGCGAUCGAAGAUGUGGUCGGCCUGUUCGAUGAUGUCGUGGUAUGUGCUGUGGACGACCACGCUCACUACUGUCACUCGCCGCGCGCGGCGUUGCCGGACGCCAAGACGCGGUUGCUAGCUUUCGAGCUGCGGCCGCUGCGUACGGCCCACGUCGUGGUCACGUGUCGCCAGCCGGACACACGCGACGACGACGCCGCAACCGGCUACCACGCCGUGCGCGCGGCCGUCUACCGCUUGCCCGAUGCAAACUCGCCUGCUGCAAAGCGCGUCGGCGCGUCGGGUGGCGAAGACCACACUUACCUGGUGGCCCGUGACGUCGUCGCCGCUGACGCCACGCUACACGCGAAUCGAUCGUACAUUGUCGUUGUCGAGACGUUCGAAGAUCGCGAGCGGCUAGGUCCAUUGGAUGGGACGUGUGUUGUUUCGACGUACGGUGGCGCGACCUGCGCCAUCGCCCCGCUCGCGCCAAAACAGGGGGACCUCGCGCAAGCGACGUGCGCCCUGGCGUUCACGCGCUUCGCCAAGGACGCGCGCGAGUCGAACUACGGCGACGACGCGCCCAGCGUGACGCUGCGCACCUGGUCACGCCGCGGAGAGAGCCUGUACACCAUGCUCUACGCCAACGCGUCGGAGGGCCUGGUUCUCAAGGAAAGGGUUACAUUCGAGCUCGAGAACUGUCAAGUCUACCGCGCCACGCUCGACGCCGACGGCGACGCCGUCGUCGCGCUCACCGCCGUCGACCCAACCGUCAAGGUGACGUUGGCGCCCGGCGCGGCGACGCUGCUCCUCAUCCGCAAGUCACCGGACGCGCAGUCGUUCGGCUACAACUACCGCCGAGCGUACUCGAUUCGCGGGCGGUAGAAUGCUAAACAGACUUAAGCUCGGCCCUAGGCGGAUAGCCCGCCCGAAAAUUGGGGUCGAUGCUCCGCGCGACGAGCGGCGUGUCGGGCCAGAGUUCCGGAUCCGCCGGCGCCUCGGCGAGAGCUGGCGCGGCCUCCGCCGGCAUCGGCGGCGCGGCGACAGGUGCGUCCGCCGCGGGCAGCAGGUCGAGCCCGUAAUCAUGGAUCAGCUCAGCGAACCAAGACUGGAGCUGGUCGAACUCGAGGAAGGUGAGCCCGCGCGGGUCCUCCGGUUCGUACUUCGAGGCGCACUUGCGGAUCACCGGGUAGGAGCGGAUCGACCGUAAGAUGGGAUGAUCCUUCAGCUCCUCGCUCGCCUCUCCGUCCGCCAUCGCCAGGAGCGUCGCGACGGGCAGAUGGUUCGGUGACGGCGUCCGUGCGGUGGCGCAGAGCUCCCCGAACAAGUUCUCAGCGUGGAUACGACCGAGAUCUCCCUGCCCACUAGUAGUCCCUUGGCUCACAAGCACAGUGCCCUGGGGCGUCUGGGGCGUGCGCGCCCGCGCCUCGACCACCGGCGGCGUGCCGCUGCGCGCCGCCGCGACCGCCGCGUCGAGGCGCUGCGCCUCGCGCGCGUCGAGGCGCCCGAGCGACGGCGGGUACGGUAU